AUGAAGGACUUUGUCAGUCUCCAAAUUGAAGACCAGUGUCUCAAACCUCUUCAUGGAAAUGCAUAUAAAAACCAGCGCUGUGCAAUCGCUGCCAUCCACUUUUUCUCCUUUAUUCUCCUCGGUGAAAGGAUUUCCCUCCACCCCAGAGAAAUGUCCUGCUAUGACCUGUGUCCUCCCACCCCCUGCGGCCCGACCCCGCUGGCCAACAGCUGCAACGAGCCCUGUGUGCGCCAGUGCCAGGACUCCACCUACAUCAUUCAGCCCUCUCCUGUGGUGGUGACCCUGCCCGGCCCCAUCCUCAGCUCCUUCCCCCAGAACACCGCUGUGGGAUCCUCAGCUUCUGCAGCUGUGGGGGAUGUUCUCAGCGCAGGGGGGGUCCCCAUCUCCUCCGGCAGCUCCUCAGGACUCGGGAGCCUCGGCUAUUCGGGUCUGGGGGGCUUUUAUGGGAGGUCCUACCGCCGCUACAACCGCCGUGGGAGCUGCGGGCCAUGCUAAAGCCCUGAGCAGAAAGCACAGAUGAAGUAAUAACCAGAAGCUUGAAAGCUCGAUCCAAAUGCAGGACUGAGUUCAUGACCACAGCCCUGUGCUUGCUGACCACUCUCAGCUUUGCCCUGAGCUCAUGGGACUGCAGGAGCUUGGCAUUUCUGAUCCAAUG